AUGAGUGCAGAACAAAUUCAUCAUGUUUAUAAUUGUGGCAUGCGUUACAUUCAGAAAGCAAUGAAUGCACGUAUUGCCGGUGAUAACGAAGCAGCAGAGGAAUAUAUUGCCAAAUUUAAGAAAUUAUGUCAAUAUGCUUCUACAGGCAUCGAUAAAGUUCCUGAAGCAAAUGAUAUUAAGACAUUUGGCACAUUAGAAAAAAUAAAUACAGGAUUGCAAACAUUAAAAGAUCAUAUUCCGAUUAUUACAAAGACAAAAGACAAUACUUCAAUUAAAAAUAUGAAGCAGGCUCUCGAAAUAUCUCAAAAUUCAUGCGCAAUCUAUGCAAAGUCUAUUGAAAAAAGAUUAAUUCCACCUGAAUUGACAACUGGCGAUCUCGAUGUCAUGCAAGCAGUUAAGAACGAGGAUAUCCCUAUCACAACUCUUCGCUGCUGCGUCAGCAACAUUGGAGCGCCUCAAAAGAAAGGAAUAACUUAUACAGUCAAUGUUUACUCCAUUGCCAGAGAAACUCCACCAAAAACAUCAGAACCUUUGGAUGCUGGUGCUGUUGACUGGCAUUGUGAUUGGAAUAUCUUAAAACGAUCAAAUCCGAAAUUAAUGCAAAGACUUGCAGAAAGAAAAGAGAUUGGAUUCGAAUUAGUUAUGCACGAUAAAGGAUUAUUCAAAACUACAGUUGUUCCUGUCGGACAUUGCAAAGUUCCUAUUGGAAUUGUUUCGAAAUUGACAGAAGUUACGAAAACUUACCCGCUCGACCCUACAGAGCACACACCUAAGGGCGAACAGUUUUCUCUUGAGAUUUCUCUCAAGGUUAACACCCCUAUUCUCGAGCCAUGCCUCAAAGUUUUGAAAUUAAAUUAUUUAAGAGUAAAACCAGGCAGUUCCUUCUCACAUUUCCCAGAACCGAAUGUCCAACAAGAAAAGCCUGUCAAACCUGUACAGGUUCCAGCGGCUGCUCCUAAGAAGAAAUCGGGAUUGAAGCAAAUGUCCGAAAUGUCAAAGGAAGAAGUGUACCAUCUCUGUGCGAAGAUACCUAAAUUCGGUGAUAUACCUUUCAAAUUACUCGAUGAUUGGGAAUUAGAGAGGUGGAUGUCACUUAAAUUAAUUGAUAAAUUAAUUGAAGUUGGAAAGCUAACUACUGAUGCUUUUAUAGGUUGUGGUGUUGAACCAACUCCAAAAUUAGAAGAAAUGCAGAAGAAAUUGCAAGAAAAACGUAAUUUAAUUGGAGAUCAAUUGAAAUCUCAAAAGAUUUCAGUAAUUGAUUACUAUAAGAAGAUAGCAGCUCAGGUUGUCGAAGAUGAGAAAGAAGCAAAGGUAAAAGGACUCGAAACUCCAGCUGGAAAAGGUUUGAUGCACAGAGCUAGUAUAAUGAGAGCAGAAUACCAAGAAAAACUUAAUAAGCAAAAAGCAAAAAAGUAA